CCAGAAAUAACUCUUCUUGCAGUAUGCUUUUUGCUGAUGAGCCCUGCUGAACGGAUUGUUGAAAACCCUGCGUGGCAAAAGGAAUCUUCACUUUAUUCCCCAGUGCAUUGAACUCUCCAUGCAGUGGCAGACCCCCUCAUUUUCUGACACAGACUUCAUCCAGGGAUGCAGAAGCUCAGCAGGGCAUGCAGAAGUGUGUCACCGUCCCCUGAGAGCUGCAUGCCACUUCUUAGUUUGCUCUGCUGAAGUGACUCAUUAAUCUCAGAACUCAAUAUGGAAGGUUCACAGCUCCAGAUAUUUCAUGAAAAAUACGUCUCAACAUGUCAGAUCGCCCAUUUUACCUAGGAAGGAUUUCACUUUUUUUUUUUGGCCUUGAGGUGAAUUUAUAUAGAAUGUGACCAGAUUUUAUGAUCGGUCCAAACUCUGGCUGAGCACACGGAUUUGCUAGUAUAAUGGGACAAGAUUAACCUGUGCAUUUCAAAUUCAGUUCCUUUCCAGAAUCCUGAUGCUGUGGAAUAGAUCUCCAACAGCAAAGCAGCCUUCGUUUCCCAGUCCUGCUGAGUGGCAUGUCGUUGAGGGAUCAGUGCACUUGUUACACCAUUUGAAUCUACGGCACCUGACACUUGGUGGAUACUGCCAGGAACAACCAAAACAUUGUAAUAAAGAUAGUGUGUCAGAUAAGUGUCCUUACAAGAAUUGCUGUUGAAUUACAUUUUCAAACAUGCUAGCAGACCUGAAUAAACAUCUGGCACCUGCAUGUUGCUUCUGAUAGUAAUAGAAAUGCUGAACAUCCAUGUAAGGCAUUUAAAUGCAAGACUUUACAAAAAAGGCCAGAAUCACUACUCCAGUUUUGCAGAUGGAGAAGUUGAAAAACAGGAGGUCAAAUGAUUUGUACAAAAUUUGACAACAGGCUAAGUGUGGAGUAGGACCCAGUCCCUUGACAGCUGUGGGAGUAGCUGAGAUCUGUUUCUUUGGGCUGGAUGACUCAGAGUAGGGCUGCCUGAAACAACGCUGAGAGAAGUCCCUGAAAUGGACGGUCAACAUCAUGACAUUGUAAAUAAUGGAAGGAUUAAAUUCAAGCUGCUGCUUAUUGUUGCUGCUGUUUCUGGUAUUGCAAGUUCCUUUCCUGACCAUAGCUAGCCAGGGAAGGAAGGAAGGAAAGAGCAAACCAAAGGAUCUGGUCUACCGGCCUGAAUGGAAGCAGCUGCUGGGCCAGUGGAGACCAGAUUCAAUGGCGUGAAUGGAGCCAAAGUGGUGCACAAGUCUGGCCAGAAUCCUCUAUCAGCUGUGAAUUUCACUGAAGGACUAAAUGGCGAGCAAAUGGACUGUUUGAAGCACUGGGUUUGAUCACCUGAGAGGAGGGACUCUGCUGAGGAUACCCCACAGGGAAUCUGUUGGGUAUCUCUGUCAUCUCAGAUUCUUCCCUGAUAUGGAACAAAGUGAAGGUGAACAGGAAUCACAGCCAGAGAGUCACGUGGAUAGCAAGAGCAGCGUGAAAUCCUUGCCUGGGGGAGAAGCCCAUGUCAAACUAGAGAUAAAAAAACAUGCAGUUACGGAUGACUACAAACUCUCCAAACGGGUGCUAGGGUUAGGAAUCAAUGGCAAAGUACUGGAGUGUUUCAACAAGCAGACAGGCCAGAAAUGUGCUUUGAAGCUCCUGUAUGACAACCCAAAAGCCCGUCAGGAAGUAGAAUAUCAUUGGCGAGCGUCAGGGUGUCCCCACAUUGUCCAUGUCCUGGAUGUUUAUGAGAAUAUACAUCAUGGAAAGAGAUGCCUCCUCAUUGUCAUGGAAUGCAUGGAGGGAGGAGAGCUGUUUAGCAGGAUCCAGGAGAGAGGAGAUCAGGCUUUCACUGAGAGAGAGGCCUCUGAAAUAAUGAGAGACAUCGGAACAGCCAUCCAGUAUCUGCAUUCAAUGAACAUUGCCCAUAGAGACGUCAAGCCUGAAAACUUGCUUUACACGUCUAAAGAGAAGGAUACUGUACUCAAACUCACAGACUUCGGCUUUGCCAAAGAAACCACUGUACAAAACGCGCUCCAGACCCCCUGUUACACUCCUUAUUAUGUGGCCCCAGAAGUCCUUGGUCCUGAGAAGUAUGACAAAUCAUGUGACAUGUGGUCGUUGGGUGUCAUCACAUAUAUUCUCCUGUGUGGGUUCCCUCCAUUCUACUCAAACACCGGUCAAGCCAUUUCUCCAGGGAUGAAGAGAAGAAUUCGGAUGGGGCAAUAUGGGUUUCCCAAUCCAGAGUGGGCUGAAGUAUCAGAGGAAGCCAAACAACUUAUUCGCCAUUUGCUGAAGACUGACCCGACAGAGAGGAUGACAGUUUCUCAGUUUAUGAAUCACCCUUGGAUUAAUAGAUCAAUGGCAGUGCCACCAACUCCUCUUCAUACUGCACGGGUCCUGCAAGAGGAUAAAGACCACUGGGAUGAAGUUAAAGUGCCUCACCUGCUGUUUGUACUGAUGACAGUUGAAUGCUUCCUGCAAAGAGAAACUAUAGGGCAGACUAAAAGUUGUUUGCAAGCUUUAACUCUUUCCUGCUGGCCUUUAUCAGGAGGAGAUGACCAGUGCUUUGGCUACCAUGAGGGUGGACUAUGAUCAGGUGAAAAUCAAAGACUUGAAAACAUCCAACAACCGCCUCCUGAACAAACGCCGUAAGAAGCAGAAGCAGGCAGGCACCUCUUCUGCAGCACCAGGGUGCAAUAACCAAUGAGAAGAGAAGCCAAGGACCUGUGGGUGGAGGGUAAAAAUUAAAAGGAACAAUUUAAAAUCAGUAUGAUCAACUCAGUCCGUACCACAAAGGCAGUGAGACUGUGAAGAAGCUAUCCUGCAAAGAGGGAGCAGUGUGAAAGAUUACAUUUUUAUAACUUGAAUCAAGGCUUUGCUUUUAAAGGCUAAUGUAUAUGACGUGAUUCUGUUGCAUAUUGCUUGGGAAAGUACAGCAAUACCAGAAAUGUUACAGGGUUUUGUUUUGGCUUUAACUGUAUCGGACAAGAGGAGAGGAGGCAGUCUCAGCAUACUAACGCACUGAGGCUUUAACAGCCAUCUACAAGACUAACUUCUGCUACUAUUUUAAACUUGGGAUUAGAAAAAAUGCCAAGUGUUCUGCUAGUAGUGUUUUAAUAAUCCAAACAUGAGUAUUAAGAAAGGAGAAAAAUGUCACUACUCUUUAUGUGAGUAGCACAGGUGCAGUUCUAUUAUGGAUGUAUCGGACAGCAUUUCGUGUUAGAAUUGGUAAUAGUCAAUGUUUCCAAACUUACCUCCUGUAGUUACAGAAUAUCACCUAAACAGUAAACAGUAAUUCCUGUUACAGAAGAAAGCAUCCAUACAUUUCCAUUAAAGUCUUCAUGUAGUCUCAUGAGAAGAUUUGAGUUUGUCAUGGAUUCUCACUUGAUAACGUGUAAGUUUUCUAAACUGUAACCAUUAUGUCAUGUCUGUGCCACUGUCAGUUCCCUCUCUUGUGAUGUUUUUAAUUUAAAUGGUAGUUUAUGUGAAGAGUUUUAAUAAGGAUUUAAUUAGUUGAAGGUAUCCUGCAGAGAAUAUUGCUGUUCCUCUUGGACCCAUGACCUCUAGGGUGUACAACUGGACAUGCAGUUGUAUACCAGGGACUGCUUUAGAAGAAACACUUCUAAAUUUUGGGAAGAAGUGGCAAACGCGUGUUCUCUGAAUGGACCCUGGUGUCUGCCAACAUCCCUUCUGGUAAUUAUCUCCAGAUCUGGUGCCUAAGAUGUGCUGAUCUUAGCAAAUUUUGGGGUGCUGGGGUUGGUUUGUUUCCUGGAGUCAGGGAGGGGGAGGAUGCUACUUUAUUUGCAGUGUUUUGUCAGUGUUUCUGGAUCCGAAGAUUUUCGUCACCUAAGGGAGAUUACCUAGAAGUAUAUCCACUCUUUUUUUUUUUUUUCCUAUUCUAAUUCUUGCUUUAUAGGAUCCUGGCCUUGGUUUGCUAAUUUGUUCUACUUUGUGAUCAAAAUACUUCUUCUCACUGUAUUUGGGGUUUGGUUUUUUUUGAGUUGAGGUGAAGCAAAUAUUUGUGAAAGUGUUAUCAGAGUCUAGGAUGAAAAUUACGUGCUUCCAGUGAUGCAGACAAAAGCUACUUUGUGGUAGGCACACAGAGUACUUGUGUGUUAAUAUGCUCGGAAGAAUGUUAAAACACAAAAAGGAAAACCAGGCUCCAGAAAGGAUCUGAGUCAUCAAACCUGACCGCCGCAUAGAUCUUGUUACCUCCAACAAAGAUGAACUCGAGGCUUUUGGACCUCAUCUGGGGAGCCCUGUUCCCAUCUUCACAGUGUUUAUGGGACCUCCAUUCUUCUUUGUGAACUAGUCUUCUUUGGUCCUAGGGUUUUAAUGAUUUUAAUAAAUCAUAUCACAACGUUC